AUGUCCAUUCGACCAAGUGAUGAUCUUCAAGCUGACAUUGCAGAGCUUGAAUCGCUUAUUGCCAUGACAACGCGACCCACUAUACUCCAAACGCUCGAAAAACUACGCAACAGCUUGCACGAACAACAGCAACAAAACAUGUCAUCCUCUAUCCGCAACACAAUUCAACGCAGCAAAGCAAAGGCACAUACGGUGUAUAUAACUACUGGCUACGGAUGGUGUCAAACAAAGGAUACGGUUAUUAUCUAUUUGACAGUAAAGAACGCUUCCAAACUAUCACCUGGUCAAUAUACGAUGGAUGUGCAACGACGAUCAAUUCAACUUGAUAUUAUGGACCAUGAAGGUGCCAAUUAUAACUUUCGCAUUUCCCAAUUGAAUGGCCAAGUCAUCCCUGAGAAAUCAAAGAUCAAACUGAAGGACUCCAAGUUGAUUAUCUACCUCUACAAAGAGAACCAUGGGCGAGAAUGGAAUGACAUACGCCUCAAGACCACAAGGGAUGUAUACGAUGAGCUCCAAAGAGCUGAAGGAAAAGGUGCAACACCACCACCUACCCCAACGACGAGUAUGGACCUGUAUUGCAUGGGUUAG